AAUAGAUAUGACAAUUGAAUAAUUAUUUUCUCGUAGCCAAGCAAGUGUACGGUAAUUUGUACAAUUACUACUUUACAGAAAACGGUCUCAUUAGUCAGCCCGCAAUACAGCAGUGCUUUGGUAAAGUAUCCUACAUUUUGCAGGCGUAGUUACGAGUGAAGUAGUCUCCAGUUGUCCGCCGCACCGUUUGGUUAGGUCGGCCAAACCAAACUGUGCGACUCAGAGGCAAGUGGGAGGGAUUGUUGGUCUCAUGCUCCGCCGGCCGCAGACCUUGCAGAAACUAGCGCGGGGGAGAUUGACCGCGGUGGACCUAGAUGGGAUUCGGAACAUAAGUCGGGUGUUCCAAGUAACCUCCAACUGGUAGGAGCUCUUCACUGUUAUGCACCUUCUGACUGUUUAAUUUCACAGGACCAGGUGCUGAGUGAGGAGAUGAUGUCUCCCGAGGUCACCCAUCUCAGUAUACUGAAGAAGAAGUGGAAGUACCGAGGAGAAGGGAACGCCAACUUGGUAAUAGCAUUGCCUGAAGACAGAGUCAUCCUCCGACUGCACAAGACCCGCAGAGACGCACCCGUCUCUGAAGACGUUGAGCUGGAUGAGCUGAGGCGAGUGUGUCGAGAAGCUUACUUCUGUCGGGCAGUGAUGGUCCGUCUCCUGGGAGCAGCUUAUAUUCAACCCCCGGUGGUUGCUAGGGUGCCCCAUGAAGAGAUUAGAAAACUUGACCGUCUUCUGAUACCGCAGCGACCUAAUUACCGCCAUCAUAAGGGAAUCAGCUUCGGUUAUGUUAAUAUCUACCCGGAUUAUGCCUUGUUACCCGAGUGCUUAACUCAGCACACAGCAUCGGCUAGUGAGGAAACACAAGUUUGUUUCAAUGUAGAAGGUGCCUCCUCUCUGCCCUCUGCUGACUCCAACUGUCGUGAAAUAGAUUUAGUUUUAGGCGCGAAGAACAAUCCUACCUUCUGCGUAGAGAUCAAACCGAAGCAAGGAUGGAUACCGAAUACUCAAACUCAUCUCACCAAGUGCACUUUUUGUCUCAACCAGUACCUCAAGCUAUCUAACGGUGCUGUCAGUAGAAUUAGCCAAUACUGUCCUCUAGAUCUGUUUUCUGGUGACGAAAAGCGCAUGAGUAAGGCCAUGAGAGCACUGUUGCGGACUCCUCAAAACAAUCUGAAGAUUUUCAAAGAAGGUAUUUUAGUGUACAGUGACGAGUGUGACGAUCUCACAGGAGUUCUCAAGGAUUGGUUAAAACCUUCCCCGGACAGUUCGCUUGUAGAUAGUUUUUGUAGGUUAGUUCAACAAGUCUUGACCUCAAAUUUGCUCGGUUCCGACGAGUUCCCACCCAUCAAAGAUGAGUUCUAUCCCAUAAUAUGUCCUCCGCACAUUCAUCCUACCAGCGAUCACGGAGUAAAAAAAUUGCAACCCUGUGACACCUCCAGUCAAGUUCUCCCGGAAAAUUGCAUCCUCGACCGUAUUCUGAGGAUACAAAAGCUUCAGACGUCGGACACCAACACCGUCUACCACAUGUUGCGGCAAGACAAGAGUUGUGAUGAUUACAUGGUGAACUUACGUGAUCCGGACACGGACUGUCUCUGCAUGGACACUGUCCAGAGGUACCUGUUGGCCACCACAGCUAAAGACUGUUCUAUUCUCAUCGCCUUUCAACGUCUCGGGGACGACUCGUCAGUUCCGCCUCAACAUGUUGUGGUGGACAGAGACUCCGGGGCUCGGUUUGUGUUUAACAUAGGAGUAUCGGACUUGGAUCCGAAGCCAAUCUCUUGUGUUGAGAAACAUUACCAGAGAGAUGCUGACAUCAGGUUUGUCUGCUCUCAACUGAAUGCAUCCUCGGAUCCAAGUACAGACACAAGCGUGUGUAGAUAGUGCUUUAGGUUAGUUAUUAAACAGCCACCACUCUUGUUUUUAUACAGCUCUUCAAAUUCACAAUCAGUUUUCUCAAUUCAAGUAGGCCUAGCACUAUACGUCAAGCUUUGUUGAAAUUUUUUAUAAAGCGCAUCUGAUAUUCCCAGCAAAGAAUGAGUCUAAUUUUUUUUUUAUAAUCUACAAUAACAAGGUCAUUUUUAAAUGCUUGAUGUAUGAUAGUAUAGACCUACUAUGGAAGAGAAUUCAAUUUGUUUAAAUAAAUGAGUUGUGGCCGUGUUUUCUCAGUACAUCUUGAAUUAAGAUAUUAUUUAUUGGUUACAUAGAUUCUUAGAUCUGAUAAUUAAAAAAUGAAAUCAUCAUGGAUAAUUCUAUUCCCUAAUUAAAUCACUGUAGAUAUCUCCAUAAAACCAUAAGUAACCGAUUAGAUACAUUUACGUUACCAUAACUGACAAACACCCAUUAAUUGUAUUUAAUUGUAUUUUUAAUCGUUCCUUUGUUUUACCAUCAAUACAGUCACUAAAUAUGACAUAAACUUUUAAUUAUUUAUUUGCAUGUUUAGUUUAUGUUAGUACUGUAGUAUUUAUAUAUGCAUUUUAACUUGAACUAUUUUAUUUAUAGAUCGGUUAUAAACAAAAAUUAUUAUAUAAGAAUGAUUUUACAAUAUUGCAGUACCCGUGAUGAUAUGAUUUUAAAAUAGUGUUGAUAAUAAUUGUAACUUUUCUCAGCUGGUUAAAAUCAUUCUCAGUAAUACAAAUGACUCAACAUCUGUUUUAUUGUUAUUUAUUUAAAUUUAUUUUGUUUAUACCUAUGUCAACACCAGGUGUAUUACUUUAUGUAAGGAAGCUGUCCAAAAUUUAGUAUUGUUACUAUAUAAUUGCCUACCUGUUUACUGGAAAGUGUUAUCAUAUAACAGUCCAAUGGAAAAUAACAAUUAACUUUUUUCAUGAUGUGAAAUGUCAUCCUCGUCCAUCACUGUUAAUACAGGACUUGUUAAAACUAAAGUAGUUAGACAGUCUCACGUAGCCAAUAGAUUGAAAUGAAAUACUAAUAACAACAAUUUACUGAAUUAAAGUAAAUACUAAUGCUCGUCUAUGGAUUAUAAAUUAACAAAAAUUUUGUUGGUUGAUAGGUCUAAUAGUUCAUUUUGUUUUAAUUUAAACCAUAAAUUACUAUUUUAUGGCUAUUAAAGUGAAGUUGCCUUUAAAUAUGAUAUAAUUGUAGAUAAUUAAACUUAAUUUCAAUUUGGUUAAGUAAAAAAUAAUACUCAAACGGUAAGAUUCUGUUGGCCUAAUAUGCAUUAUAGAACGUAAUGCUGUUAAUUGUGUACAAUGUUGAUCUAGUUAUAAUUUUAUGUAAAAAUGGUGAUGCCCUUAGAGUGUCCUUGGGUCCAUGGAGUUCAUAAGCUAUUAGACACCCUUCAAAAGUCUAUGGUACCGUAUACAGGUAACAAAUUGACAGAACAAAUUAAUGUGAACUUCCCCCGCACUACAUAGAGAGUACCUAGUUGGUUUCUGUACUCGUGGUCGACUAGAAAGUUGUUUUUCAAAGAAAGUGUUUUGUAAAAUCAGCUGAUAUAUGCAGAUACUGUAAGAUACCUAAUACCAUACAAAUAGAAUUAAACAUACAUUGUUAGCAGUGCUGCGGUUAGCAUAAGUUCUGGUGUCAUAAGUUGCUGGGAGCGCCGUGUAGUUGCGGCGCACGAGAUACGUAACUUAUGCUAACUGCAGCACUGCUGACGGUCUGUAUUUAAUUCUAUUUGUCUAUGCUAAUACUUUCUUAGUUAUGUUGGCAAAUUAGGUUUGAACAUGCAAUUCUAAGUGAAAGGAAUAGUAUUAUGGUUAAACCAUGGCGCAAGUUGUUCCAGAGUGAGUCGUUCAAACCUCCUGGUAGAAGGACAGUUGAUGUUGUAAAUGAAGCCUUCUCCCUUAGUUUAACUUCAGUAGACACUUAUGUUUUACUUUGGUGAUUAUCACCUGUACUGUUUAUGAAUAGAUUUAAGAAAGAUAUUUUGACUGAGACCAAACAUUUAACUUUUUAAAUUGUAAUUAUUGUGAGCCAAGCCACAAAAAGUUCUUCUUGUGUUACUCAUUAGAUGAAGCAGGUUUGAUUUUCUGAUUGAUUUCAAACUACAAUCCCUGUGUAUUUUAAUUUAUGUGUGAUUUUUUUAAUAAAUCCGUGUGUCUAAUACCUUAUGAACACUUGUGUGUUUAAGAUCACAUUCAAUUGUACCACUGUCAGACGUACACUAUCAUGUCAAUUAUUUAUUUACUAUUUUAGCUUUUUGUAAGAAAAUAACAUGUACAUUGUGUUGACUGUAAUUGUGUGAAUGAAAAUGUUUAAAUUUAAGAAUUAUUAAUUAAGUAUUGAAUUGUAGUCUGUUGAGCAUUGCUUAUAGAAACCUGAUCGGCCUCUUGCUAGUGAGUAGGGUGGUAAUUUCAUUUGGCAUGAUCACUUUGUUCAUUGUUUUCGAGGAAAAGGAGUUUUUUCACCGAAUUGCUAAAGAAAGGUGAGCAAAUUUCGAAGCCUAUUUUUAAAAUCCCAAAAUGUUAUAAAAUUGAUAAAGGUAACUGAAAAACUCCCGACUGGUUUCUAUAAACAGCGCUUUUGGGAUUCGUAUGAUUGUUUUAGGCAACUAUGUUUUAUUAACGGUUGUAAUAUGUUAUGAUCAAGUAUUUAUUAAAGAUUUUUGCAUGUAAUUGAAGGAGCAACAAAACUAGCUCUGUUUACAAUGAUUGAUCAUUUAAUUCAUUGUGUUCAGUAAAUCUA